AUGGGUUCCGUUCAUCAGCUUGAGCAUGGCUCCCGCAGCACAACCGGGACCUGGGUCCCUUUUGACUGGGAAGAUCCGGUUUUUGGGCAGCAGUCCAAGGGAGAGGUCGUGGUUAUUCGAAGCGGAGGAACGUCUGGGUCUUUGAGUGCUGGCUUGUGGCGCACGGGUCCAGGGAUUGCUGGCUGCAACGAAGACGGCACCUGCGACGUCGUGUAUUCAGCUCCUCUCGGCGAUGAAACUAUGCUGCUGCUGGAGGGCUCAACAGAGGUUACCAUCAAAUCCACCGGCAAGAAGUAUCAACUUAAAGCAGGCGACAUCAUCUGCCAUCCAAAAUAUGUCCAACUUUCGUGGCACACCAACGCCCCUUUUCUGAAGAAGUUCUGGGUCAUGUGGAAUGGAUCUACUCCUGGAAACACAAAAGACGACCUCAUAAUUGGCAACAUCAACGACAACCCACAAGCUUGGACUUGUUAUUCUUGGGAAGAGCCAGGCAAGGGCCAACAGCAAGCUGGCGAGUUCUACGUCAUCAGAGAUACAGGCUCAACAGGAAGUCUCGAGGUCGGACUUUGGAGAACAGGUCGCGGCAUACCUGGGUGUGAUUCAGAUGGCUCUGUGUCCUUUGAGUACAGUGCACCUCUUGGCGAUGAAACAAUCAUGCUUCUUGAGGGAUUGGUCACCAUUACCGAGCAUGACACCGGAAAGACGCUAAAGUUCCAGGCCGGAGAUAUAAUUGCACUACCCUCUGGUCUGAAGGUUACAUGGACAUCUGAGGCGCCUUUUGUAAAGACUUAUUAUGUUAUCACAAGCGACAAGUCUGUUGGCUAA